UGUGGGGCCGGGUCCCGGGAAGCGGCGGAGCCCCGGGGAUGCGGAUCCCGGGAAGCGGCGGAGCCCCGGGGAUGCGGAUCCCGGGAAGCUGCGGAGCCCCGGGGAUGCGGAUCCCGGGAAGCUGCGGAGCCCCGGGGAUGCGGGUCCCGGGAAGCGGCGGAGCCCCGGGGAUGCGGAUCCCGGGAAGCCGCGGAGCCCCGGGGAUGCGGGGCCGGAUCCCGGCCCUGCUCGGCCUGGCCCUGGCCUUGGCAUCGCUGGUGCCCACGGCCGGAGCGCGCCGGAGCCAGGACCUGCACUGCGGAGCCUGCCGGGCGCUGGUGGACGAGCUGGAGUGGGAGAUCGCCCAGGUGGAUCCCCGAAAAACCAUCCAGAUGGGCUCGUUCCGCAUCAACCCCGACGGCAGCCAGUCGGUGGUGGAGGUGCCGUACGCUCGCUCCGAGGCGCACCUGACGGAGCUGCUGGAGCGCGUGUGCGAGAAGAUGAAGGAGUACGGGGAGAGGGCGGACCCGGCCACGCAGCGCAAGAGCUACGUCCGCGUCAUCUCCCACGACGGCACCAAGAUGGACCUUGCCGGGGUCAAAUUCGACGGGGACGUCACCUCCAGCCUGAAAUUCGCGUGCGAGAGCAUCGCUGAGGAGUACGAGGACGAGCUGAUCGAGUUCCUGUCGCACGAGGCUGAGAACGUCAAGGACCGGCUGUGCAGCAAGAGGACGGACCUGUGUGACCACGCGCUCCACAUCCCGCACGAUGAGCUGUGACUGCUCCGGAGCGGGCACCGGGACCCACCGGGACCUGCCGGGACCCACCGGGAUCCACCGGGACCCGCUGGGACCCACCGGGACCUGCUGGGACCCACCAGGACCCACUGGGACCCACCGGGACCUGUCAGGAUGGCCCCGGGACCCUCCGGGACCCACCGGGACCUGCCGGGACAGCUCCGGGACCCACCGGGACGGUCCUGCGACCCACUGGGACCCACCAGGACGGCCCCGGGACAGACGGAUCUACCGGGAUCUCCAUGGCUCUGGAGCUGCUGCCUCGCCCCGUUCAGAGCUCCCAUCCUGUUUAUUCCCCGUGGGGGCCACCGGGACGGCCACGGGGCCACCGGGACAUUUCAGGGACAUUCCUGCCCGGUGCCGGGGGACGCGGGGGACGCACCGGGCUCAGCCCCCGUGGGGUGGGGGUUUGGGAGCCCCCCUCCCUUUGCAGGCAAUAAAGGGGCCAUGGGCCCACCCGAGGCA